CUGAGGCGUGGAAAUCAUGACAGUACGCAGGAAGCUUAUAACACAGCGUGGAGAUCGUCAUAAGUUCAUUGUACUAGUGAUUUAACUGGGAUCAGAGGGUAUCAAAGCAGGGCAGUCUUACAAAGGCUGGUCGUCCUCUCAUUGUUGUGUGGAGUGUUUGUUGACAUGCAAGGGCCACAGGAAGCUGUAGGGGGCAGGAUUUAGUCCUGAUUACAAUAUAGGCCCCUCCUGUCCAUCUCUGUCUCCUCCUCCUCCUCCUCAGUCGUCUGUGUGUGUAGGCCAGACCAGGACCACAUUCAACCUAUACCUGUCACCAUGGGGAAGCUACCAACUCAUUCAGCUAAUUUGCAGAUCUCCGGUGAUUUGUGUUUGAUACUAUUUUCGUAAUGGAGUUAAAAGUUCGAGUGGAUGGAAUAUUACGGGUUGUGUGUGGGGUGACAGAAACCUCCACCUGUCAGGAUGUCGUCAUUGCUCUUGCCCACGCCAUGGGCAAAACAGGGCGUUUCACGCUCAUUGAGAAAUGGAGGGAAAAUGAGCGCCCUCUUUUACCAGAUGAAUGUCCCGUGAAGAUUUUACAGAAAUGGGGGGAAUAUGCCACGGAGGUGCAAUUAUUGUUGAAGCAUUCUGGGAAACAAAAGACAGACAUUCCACCUACAAAUCAACAAAAGGAGAAUAACAAACCAAAAAUAAACUUGACCUCUGCUCCCCGAGACACAGGGAUUCGUAAGUCAUUGACAUUUAGUGGUGCUCAUCAUGUCGCGCCUGAGGCAGCACGGCCGCGUCAGAGAUAUUUACAGAUGGGAAAGAACUUAGACAAACAUGAAACCAGUUCUGUAAAUUCUCAACCAAUCUUGCCUCGGCACAGAGAGGUUAAACAGAAUCCAGUUUAUGGGGUUGGUGUUCGCUUGAAAGCUACGCAAGGAGGAGAACCUCAACCAAAUAUUCUACCCCUUAAUAGCCAUAAUAGUGUAAACUCUGACCUUGACCCCCGUGUUCAGCUCCAUUCCCAAGUUCAGGGGGAAAAUGUGUAUCCAAGGGAAAGAACUCAUGUAAAUCCAGAUCCACAUCCUUCUUUACUACAGCAAACUGGGCCUCGGACUCGUCAGGCUCAGCACAGAACUGAGCACCAUAGAGUUGCCUCCCCUUACAAUAAUUUCCAGCAGGCAGGAGGAUCUCAUAGCAAAACAACCAAUCAUUCAUUCUCUCAUCAACACAGUUCUGGCAUUACCAAUACCCAUGGAAAUGUUAAACCAAGUAUAGGUAGCAACAAUAACAAUGAAAGCAGUAUUUCUAUCUUGCCUUUGGUGCAGAAUCGUGUUUCGCGACCUUCAGCAUUUCAACCGGUUCCACAGAAACCAAGGGCUGACAGCCUUGAUCUGACUCAGCCAGCACAUGCAAUAGGCAGUCUCCCUGUAUACCACGCACGUCCUGUCAACAGUGAGGUUGAGGAAUAUGACCUUGACAGUAACUUUCCAGAUGUUCUUAAAAACUCCCGUAAGGAGGUGCUGAUUGAAGAAUACACCAUGCCUGAUGAUCACCACAAUGGAAGUGCGUUAGUGGGUGUCAAAGAGGUCCUUGAACCUGACCCUCAGGUGGUGAAGAUGCAGAGACUUGUGUCCCAGCAACAGGAAAGAAUACGAAUGCAGGAGUCCCAGUUACAGAUGAUAGAUACAGAACUGGUAAGCCUGGAGGAUGAGGAUCGUCAAAGUCUAGACCAGAAACACAGCAUCGGGGAGGAGAUGACGUGUCUACAGCAGACCUACAAUCAGAACGAGGCUGAAGUGGUUCAACUCGCAGCUGUCAGUUGGGUUGACAUAAUCAAUGCGGAGAAAACCCGGGAGAAAUCCUACAGAUCUGAUAUACUUAUUGUUAAAGACAAAACUGACACUUGUGUUAAGGACCUUGAAAUUAACAAUGAAAAGAUUUCGGAACUUGAAAAACAGGUCACCUCAGAAAAACAGGAACUGGAGGAGUGCAGGCAGGAACAGGAAAGGGAGAUCACUCAAAUUAGAAAGGAUGCUGAGGAUGUCAAGGGAGAAUUGGAAAAAGGUGUAAAAACAUUUAAUACAGACUCAAAAUGCAUGGAGGAGGUUGAAGAAGAAUUAAAAAGUUCAGAUGAGAAAAAAGAAAGCCAGAGCAAGGAAGUUGAAACUCUGGAGAAACAGAUAAAGGAAGUCAACAUUCAGGAGCUUAACAUGGUCGGUAAAGGAGAGAAGUCUGGAAAAAAUGGCAAGGCUGUGCUGCAAGCCUUGGAGGGUCGUCUCUCACCUCACCCCGGCCUGGGAGGGAGGAAGUAUAUUGCCAGUCCUCUCAGUAAAGUCCUCUCCGUCAGCAAGAACCCUAAUGGGGUGUGGGUGUGAGGGAACUGGAAAAUGUCCUACUAUACUAUAUAAGACUUGGACAUAUGAUCAGACAAAAUCCUCCACAGCUGAGGAUGGGAAAACUUCAUCUCUCAUUAAUUCCUCUCCAGCAGAAACAACUUUUAUGGGACUGCAUCUUGUCAUUUCAUUUUUUACAAAACAUUGCAAUUCCUAUAGACCACCCCACACAAUAUCUGCAUUCCUUUCCAUUGUGACCAUGCGUUAUGUAAUCACUAUAGUGUUAUGUGAUGGAGACAGGAGAUCCUGUUAGACAGAAAGUGAUGCUGUAUGAAUAAUUAUCAUGUAAAGAAGACAAGGACUGUUAAAUCAAUGAAAAUAUUAUCAAUGAUAGGUCAAUGUUCUAACUUAGGAAAUAAAUGUUUUUAAGUACUGUAGCUCUGACCACCUCUAACCUAGCAUCACUUCGGGCACAUACAGGUACAAUUUUUUUAAAGUACAGGUUAUAGAGAAGGUCUUGAAAGAUAUGUGGAAGAUAUUGUUCAUAUCCACCAAUUUUUAUUGUGAAAAUGUAACUUUCAUAACAAGGGGAGAUAAUUUAGUGAAAAGAAACUGAUGUCUUCAUGAAAUUUGUUUUCUGUUGUUAGCUAUGUUCAUAUGUUACUUUGGAAGUAUCAGCUUAAACUUGUUUGUUCUACACAAAAACCCAUUCCAAUAUGUUUCUGUUAAAUUUGGAUUGUUAAAUAUUUUGAUGUUAUUGUUUUUCUUCUGGUUGUAUUGCAUCUUAAAAAUGAUGUCCAGUUACGUAAAUAAUUAUAAUCAUUGAUGUUGAUUCGUGUACAUAUAGCUGUACUCAGCAUAUUUCAACCAAAGGCAAAAAUAGACAGUUUGACCAUUUAACUAACAUGGACAUAUGAUAUAAUCAGCAAUUUUUUAAAGUCAACACUUUAGAAAAUACAUAUUUGUACUUCGUUAUCAAAUACGAAAUUGUAUCUACAGCUGUUGUAUAUUGACGAUCUGACAAUAUAUGACAGGAAACACGCUGCAGUGAGUUUUAUACAUUUAGGAUGAAAAUGGAACAAAUUCCAGAUUCUAUUUAUCAUAUGAUUUCUCUAUGUAACAUGCACAUAAUCUUUUUGAUCUUAAAAUGAAGCAGAGGAAGCCACCACCAUUGGCCAUUCACUAUGAAGUGAUGAGUGGUGAUGUCUACUCCACAUAAUGGGUAUUAUAACAUGUUACUUUUCUAAGAUUUGUGUAGUGAUGUUAUAACACUAAAGACUAUAAACAGAGGGAUUGUAUUCCUCCUCCUUUAGAGCAGUAGAGGGCUGCUUCUGUUGUAGCUUAUUUCUCUUUCUAUUUUAUGUAAAACAAACAUUUGACAGCUUGUCAUGAAGAGUUAGUCUAAGGUUUUCAUUUGGACACUUUGGUUUGCAAUGAAACGUUAAAAAUAAUAUAUUUGUUCUGAAACAUUUGCAUGGAUCUAUCAUAUGAAAAUCAUUGACCAUGCAGGUUGUUCCUGAGUGUUAGAAAAACAGCCGUUUUGGACAAAAUAACACAGUAGAUACACAAUACUGUAUAACAUGAAAUGUUCGUGGGUAUUUUCUUUCGUGGCUUGAAGCUAUUUAGAUCAUUUUGUGGUACAAGUUUCAUAAAUUCCCAUAUAAACAAAGAUUAGUAAAGUAUAUCAAUUAAAUUUGUUGUAUUUAUUUUCGUGGUUCUUUAGUUUCGUAGCCUACAAGAAAACCACAAAUGUUUGUUGUUUAUAAACAACAAAAAUGUCAUGUUAUAUAAUACAUUAUAGAAUCAACCUACACAUACACAGUAUGAAACAGAAUUCUAAUAGAUUGCUUGUUUUAAGAGGGAAAUACAUUUAGUAUACAUAAUAAUUUAGAUUUUUUGGAGAAAAUAUACCAACUAAAUGUUAUAAUAUGAUGUGUUACUGCAGUUUACUUUCAACCUUUAACUUGCCACGUUAUAAAAAGAAAUGUUUUAUUUGUUAAGAACUUAUUGUAAUAUAACUGGUGUAGAGUAUGUUAAUUUUGUGUCACAUUUGUUUUUGAAUUAUUAAGAAUUAAGAGAAUAUAGUACAUGUAACGAUGUGUAACCUUGAUAAAGCUGUUUUGUUUCAUUUCGUUCUUGAUAUUUAACAUUGGGCAUUUUAAAAAUGUGAAGAAAUCUUAGGGUAUGGUUUGAAAAAGAGCAUAAACAUUUUUCAAGUUAUGAAUGGAAUUAGCUAAACAUUCUAUUUUGUCUUCCAGUUCAAUGUUUGAUCAAUUAGAUAAAUCUGUAGACUGCAUACCAUAAUUUAUUUACUAGAACCAACUUUAAAAGAUUAUUUUAUGAAAUAAGCUUCAAAGUAUUUUAUUAGAGUGUAACUUAUUUAUUUCAUAUAACUGAGUUUGUUGGCAAAAGGACAAUAUUAUUGUGAACUUCAUUAUAAUCUGUAUAUUUUAUUGAUGUUUGAUACUAUAAAGUAUAAUUUUACGUUGCCAUUGUAUAUCAAGACCACAGAUGUAGAAGAAAUUAUAGACUUAAAUUUUGCCAUCCUAUGAUCAGAAUUGUACACAGGGAAGAAAGAGAAUUAAACUGUCCCACUAGGUAGCUAUAUAUUGUUAAAAUAUAGAUUCUUUUAGAUAAAUAUUUACAUUCUUAACCAAAAAUAAACAAGUUUGGAGACAUGAAACCUGGCAGUAAAGGUACUGUUUCUCCUGGGUGAUUUUCUGUAAAUAGACUUACAUAGAGAUGUAGACCUAUUGAUUACCGGUGUCACAUAAAGCCUACCAUAUCAUGUAUAUACAGGUUUUUAUUGUUAAAAAGUUUCAAUUGUUCAUCAAUAUUUAAGGUUGAAUGUUUGUUAUAAGAAGUAAAAGACCAUUUUUAUCCAGACGUGAAUGUUAUUGUUAUGUAUAUUUACAUAGUACAUUCUACAAACAGCUGUUAACAAUGAUGUCUAGAUUAUAAUGUCUUAAAAGGUAAACUGGAAUGUUUUAUAUAGACAUUCUGUGUAUAAGUCUAUAUAAAAAAAAUGUUAUAUGUACUUACUUAUUAUGUACCAUAUUCAUCCAUAUUUUACCUGCCAUGCUCAGUAAUAAGGCCAUCCCCAGUUUUCCAGACGAUGGUUCUGAAGACAUAAUGGGGUCCCAUUCAGGACAAGCCUCUGCCUGGUAUGUGUUUGACCCCAUGCUUUUGGAUGUAUGGUCCUUGUGGUUUAUUACAGGUCAAAUAUGUGAGAUGCCUAAUCAAAGGUGUGAUGGAUCUUAAAUAGAUAAACAAAAUACAUGGCAACAUUAUAUUGUAAAUGAGAAGAUAUUUUGUGUUUUAUUUUUUAGGUCAGAAACAUGUAGAAUAUAGACCUAAGAGCAGCUGUUCUAUAUGGUUGGAUAUGUUACACAGUUAUGAGUACUUGUUUAUCCAUUUGUUGAUUCACUUCUGUUGUAAGGGACCAGGUUCAAUAUUGGAUCAUCUUUAACCAUUCCAAUCCACAUUUUAUUUUCCUAAAAGGUGAAUUUAUUGCAAGUCUUUCUAAAGCAGUUUACUUUUAUUUAUGACAUUGAGUAUCAAUCUACAAACUUUUUUUUAACAUUAGUCAGUGAAACAGAUGAAGAUAAUGUACAUGUACUAGGAGUAUUGUGGAUUUCUCUUCUUUCAGUCAAAUGUUGGCCACUCAGCUUUGCCUCAGGGGAGACAAUCCUCAAUAUCUAUAGGAUAUUAUUCCACACUUCUGCACAUCUUUCUGUUAAGAGUUUAUGCUUAUUUGAUUCUUUACAAAUUAUGGCUUAGCUACAUACAGAAAACCGAUUGUAAUGUAUUAAAUGUACACUGCACUAUGGAUUUUUUUAAGUGUUUCAUCUUAUCAUGUAGUAUUUCCUUUUAUUUAUUCAUAUUUUAUGUAUUUUUCUAUCAACCAGAACUUGUAUGUUAAAAACAUGUAUUUAUGUACAUCAUGGGCUUUUGCAAAUAUAGUGUAAAUCAUUUUUAUUUGUCUGAUUAUCAAAUUAUCUAUAUGAAUUAAAUUAGACUUUCCCCGUAAUGAUAUCUUUGAGAAUAGAUAUUAACACAGAUACAGAGAUUUGUAGGUGUAAUAUUAAACCAUGAAAAACAGAUAAUCAUUAUGCGAGGAAACCAAACCUUGUCUAGUCUAACCAUAAGGACCAAAUUGCUCUUAUUUUGAUUUUAAGCUUGCAAUGUAAAGAAUUUUAAAAUAAAACCAUGAGUAAAAAAGGUGUGUUUCAGACUAAACUAAAACUAUUUUUGAAUUAUGUUGUUGUCUUUUUUACAAUAUAUUAGUAAUUAUUGUUGAUAUGUGUGCAUCCUUAAUAGAAAGAAAAAUGCAUUGAAGAAGUCUUCAAAUUAUGCAAGAUAACAAUACAAAUUUGUGAAUUAAAUUGUGAAUUAAGAGAGCGAAAAAUAAAAGGUGUUUUUUUUCAAGCGAUCGUUAAUUUAUUAAGUGAUGUAACAAUAUUUCUCUACACAGUUUCAGUUCACUGCAAGUAAUUUUCAAUUUAGAAGCAAUUUGGUUCUGGUAUUGUGUAUAUUGUUAACAUUGUUGAUAGAAUUUUAUAAACAGUUGGUGUAUUUCUGAAUGUUAUAUCACUAAUGCAUGUAUGUAUGGGGGCAGCAGUGCAAUUGGGAUGUACCAACCCAAAGGUUGCAGCGAUUACAAUAUUGGAAUUAAAUAUUAAUAUAAAGAU